GAGAGAGAGAGAGAGAAGGAGAGAGAGAGAAGGAGGGCGGGCUAAGGGCGCAUUCCUUCUCUGGAUCUGGAUCCCUGCGGAGGGGCCGAGGGAGCGAUCGCCAGGCGGAGGGAGACUCCCAAGCGGCUUUCCUUGGAGCCUUUGCAUUGAAAAGCGAGGAGAAGCUGCCGAGAAGUCCCGGAGGAGGAGGCGGAAGGGCGCUCUUGGGAGUGUGGGGCUUCUCCACGCGAGGAAACUUUUGGAGGUGGGUCUUCCAAGAGAGACAGAAGGGAGACCUGCUUUGGCUUUGGAGAGGCGCCCUGGUGCUUCUCCCUCCUGGCGGGAGUCCAAACAGGCAGCGAUCCGGUUUGGCUUCUUCUGGAAGGCUCCUCCUGCUGCUGAGUGGGCGAUGCCUUCGGGGCCCUGAGUGGGAGAAGCAGCAGCACCAUCCUCUGACAAUCCUCCUGCAUCCUUCUCCUCUUUGGCUUCUUCCCCACCCCCCAAUGCUCAGGGCAGCAGCCAUGGGCCUGUGGGGUCUGCUGGCCUUUGCCUGGCUGGUGCCCCAUGCCAGCCGUGGGCAGCCUUCUUCUUCUUCGCAGGGCGAGAAGGGCAUCUCGGUGCCGGACCACGGCUUCUGCCAGCCCAUCUCCAUCCCCUUGUGCACCGACAUUGCCUACAACCAGACCAUCCUGCCCAACCUGCUGGGCCACACCAGCCAGGAGGACGCCGGCCUGGAGGUGCACCAGUUCUACCCGCUGGUCAAGGUGCAGUGCUCCCCGGAGCUGCGCUUCUUCCUCUGCUCCAUGUACGCCCCGGUCUGCACCGUCCUGGAGCAAGCCAUCCCGCCCUGCCGCUCCCUCUGCGAGAGGGCCCGCCACGGCUGCGAGGCCCUCAUGAACAAGUUUGGCUUCCAGUGGCCCGAGCGCCUGCGCUGUGAGAACUUCCCCGUCCACGGCGCUGGGGAGAUCUGCGUGGGACAGAACACCUCCGACACCUCAUCCUCCGGGGGGGGAGGAGGGCGUGGAGCAGGCGUCGCCCCGGGGAGCCCUGCCACCGCCUCGUACCCCACAGAACACUUACCCGGACCCCCUGUUCACCCGCUGCCUCCCACCACCGGCCAUGCCACCUUCACCUUCUCCUGUCCCCGGCAGCUCAAGGUGCCCCCGUACUUGGGUUACCGCUUCCUAGGUGAGCGGGAUUGUGGCGCCCCGUGUGAGCCCGACCUGCCCAACGGAGGACUCAUGUACUUCAAGCAGGCCGAGGUCCGCUUUGCCCGCCUGCUGGUGGGUAUCUGGUCGGUGCUUUGCUGCGCUUCCACGCUCUUCACCGUCUUGACUUACUUGGUGGACAUGCGGCGCUUCAGCUACCCCGAACGGCCCAUCAUCUUCCUCUCUGGCUGCUACUUCAUGGUGGCUGUGGCCUAUGUGGCUGGCUUCCUGCUAGAGGACCGUGUGGUGUGCGUGGAGCGCUUCUCGGAGGAUGGCUUCCGGACAGUGGUGCAGGGCACCAAGAAGGAGGGCUGCACCAUCCUCUUCAUGAUCCUCUACUUCUUUGGCAUGGCCAGCUCCAUCUGGUGGGUCAUCCUCUCGCUCACCUGGUUCCUGGCGGCCGGCAUGAAGUGGGGCCAUGAGGCCAUUGAGGCCAACUCCCAGUACUUCCACUUGGCCGCCUGGGCUGUGCCAGCCAUCAAGACCAUCACCAUCCUGGCCAUGGGGCAGGUGGAUGGAGACGUCCUCAGCGGGGUGUGCUAUGUGGGCCUCUACAGCGUGGACGCCCUGCGGGGCUUCGUCCUGGCCCCACUCUUCGUCUACCUCUUCAUUGGCACCUCCUUCCUGCUGGCCGGCUUUGUCUCCCUCUUCCGCAUCCGGACCAUCAUGAAGCACGACGGCACCAAGACUGAGAAGCUGGAGAAGCUGAUGGUGCGCAUCGGGGUCUUCAGUGUCCUCUACACCGUGCCGGCCACCAUCGUGCUGGCUUGCUACUUCUACGAGCAGGCCUUCCGGGACACCUGGGAGAAGACCUGGCUCCUGCAGAACUGCAAGAGCUACGCCAUCACUUGCCCCGCUGCCAACUUCGCCCCCAUGAGCCCCGACUUCACAGUCUUCCUCAUCAAGUAUCUCAUGACCAUGAUUGUGGGCAUCACCACCGGCUUCUGGAUUUGGACUGGCAAGACCCUCCAGUCUUGGCGGCGCUUCUACCACAGACUCAGCACUGGGAGCAAAGGAGAGACGGCAGUAUGAGACCUAGACUUGUACUCCUAUAGUUUGCCGGCCCUUUCCCACACGGCUGUUCUUCCUUCUUGUGGCGAAGGCAUUGCCUGAAGGAAAGAAGGAGGGUGGCUGUGAUGUGUGUGUGUUUGCGUACGUGCAAAGGGGUCCGUUGUUCCUUCAUACUCUGCCUUUACUUCUUUCCAAGGGAUGGUUGGAUUUCUACGUGCGGCAAACAUCCCAACUUGGUCUCUCUCUUUCUCUUCAAAUGUUUACCUUGCUAGCCAAGUUGGAGAGUGCAGAAUAAGUGUCCUUCUUAAGACUUUGCUCUUCAGAACAGGUCUGUUUCUGAUCCUGUGAGAAUGUCUUUACUUUCCUUUACUUGUUCCCCCCACCCUGCACCCCAACCCCUUUUAGAAAAGAAAAAGAAGAAAGACAAAUAACUGAAAAUGCGAUUCAAAGAGAAAUGUGGGAAUUAUGCCAACGGGAAAGGAGAGGGAGGGAGAAGUGAAGGUUUACAAACAAAACAGAAAUUAAGUCACAUUUCUGUCUCUGGGAUGGCAAACUGGACUUCCAGUAACUCAUCCUCUCAAAAUAUAGACCCAAGAGGUGCUUUGUCUCCCUCCCAGCCCUCCGUACAAAGAACAGAAAUGGAGCAGCUGCUCCGAAAAUUUCCCCAUCAGUAGCUAUACUGGUUGGGAAGAUUCUGGAUAUUAUAGGAGAGUGGGUGGUAAUCACAUAUGGAUGACAAUUUCCAGAACCCAAAGGCAGAGAUGCCCUGAAAACUCUAGUUAAAAUAAUUACUGUUUUGGAUGGCAUCUCCAACUGGUGGCCAUUGGAUUUUGGGAGUUUUCAUCUAGUAAGAUAACCUUUUCCCCAAGCUCUAGGACAAUCAUGGAAUAGAUGAGAGACCGAAACAAUCCAAAGCCACUUGUAGGAUUGCAGGGAGCAACUGUGGCCAAGGUCUUCAUUGGAAAGUUAGCUGGGUGGGCAAAGAUGGUAUGAAAAGGUGAUCCAGCACCCAAAAGGGGAGCUUUUAAGCCAGAUCUGGCAGAGCCACACAUUCAAGUUGCAGCCAUGGUGUGUCAGGGCCCUUCCACACAGCCAUAUAACCCAGAAUACUUAGGCAAUCCCUCGUUGUCUGAGUAGGAUUGUCUUCCAAGAUCAGUGUACUGGCGAUGUGUCCUUAGGUGACUGUGGAGCCCUAUUCUUGAUCUGCAUGUUCUCCUGCAGUGAGGGCAUUGGUUUCCAGGUGGAAGGUGGUCCCAGUCAGGGUUGGCUUGAUGUGCCUUCCUCUUGGCACGUUUCUCUCUUUUGUGCCUCUUCAAAUUCUACAGCACUGCUGGUCACAGCUGACCUCCAGCUGGAGCGCUCAAGGGCCAGGGCUUCCUAGUUAUAUCAAGGCAGAUAGUCCACAAUAUCUGCUUUGAACUGAGUUAUCUGAAUCCACACUGCUAUGUACUCUAGUUAAGUGUGGAUUUUAUACAGCUGUGUGGAAGGGGCCUCAGAGGCUUAUAGCUGAGGGGUUGUUUCCUCACAAGGAGGGAUGUGUCUUGUGUUGUAACCAGGCACUGCUUGUGGAUGUUAGAGUUGUGACCAACUCUUUAGGGGCCGAACAUUGCCGCCCAGGGUUGCAUAGGAUGGUUUUGCUCACUCUUUGCUUCUUGAGAUAGAUGCUACCCCAGCCUUGAGUCCAAUUUCUUUAGUUUGAAGCCAUUUUUUUGGACGACGUUGGCUCCUCCAGCAGGAACAGAAUGCACGCUGAGCAAUUUCUUUGUGGAAGGCAGCAGCUCUCAUUUGAACCUCCUGGAAAGUUUGCCACUACAAAUUAAUACAUGGCUCUUUCCUUUUAAUUUCACGCUGUCAUAAAUAUGCUCAGUCUCUUUAGAGCCGGAGCACUCACAGCCAAAAUCCUAUCUUAUGUCUGCUCUGAAGUUGAACCCAUUGACUCCAAUAAGUGUAUAGGAUUGCACCCUUACCGUACAUAUUUGCCGAACUCAUUGGGGCUUAAACUUCCCGAGUCAACGGGCAUCGGCUCAAGCUGUGUUGGUGGGGAAUUUCCUCCAUUCAUUUUACGAAGUUCUUUUCUGUAGGACUCCUCCUUUCUGCAAAAAGGGCUUUGGGGAGGGGACGGGGGUGUGGGGCCAAGGAGGAGUGCUCUGAAAAAGAAGUGACAUGUUGAUUUUGGAGAGAAUGCUUUUUACUCUCCUCUCUUUUGUCCAAGGGGACAAAAGAGAAACAAAAGUGUGUUUCUCGGUGGCAGGGCAGAAGCAUGGGAUCGGUUUUCCUUUAUGGGGGAACCGUAACAAAGCAUUGGUUGAGGUUCAGCUAGGUUGCUGCUAGCCUGCAUUGGCUCUGCAUUCCUUUUAGGAAAAUGGAGGGAAAGGGAAACAAGUUUCGCUAAGGUCUCUUGUUUAAGUCUGAAGAAAUCUGAGAUGCUCCCCUCCUCCUUUUCCUCCUGUCGCUCCCUUUCUCCCUCUUAUUUGUACUGCAGUUUUAAUUCAGAACACCUGAGAAAACAGCCAGCACUGAAAUAUGUAAAGCAGGCAUACACCAUCUCUCUUCCCCCCACCAAGGGCCCUUCCACACAGCCCUUUAGCCUGGGAUAUCAAGGCAGAAAAUCCCACAUUAUCUGAGUGCGGACUCAGAUAACCCAGUUCAAAGCAGAGAUUGUGGGAUUUUCUGCCUUGAUAUUCUGGGAUCACUAUCCCUCCCUCCCAAGAAAGACAUCUAUGAGUCCUUUUGGAGAUUGUAUUAAGGGAAGGGGUGGAAACUUGACUAAUUUCCCCUCCACGUCUGUAGGGCUCCAGAUCUAGAUUGUUUGCAGUUCGGCUUUUAAAAUUCCAUGGAAAAUGAAUGGAUUGCCAAAGUGCUUCCACACAGCCCUAUAACCCAGAAUAUCAAGGCAGAAAAUCCCACAAUGUCUGCUUUGAACUGGGUUAUCUGAGUCCACACUGCUAUAUAUUCCAGUUCAAAGCAGAUAAUGUGGCAUUUUAUUUAGCUCUGUGGAAGGGGCCUAAGAUUAAUCUGGGUUGGGAGACAAGAAAACUGUUCUAACCCUGCUUGCUCAAAGGAAGUGCUGUUGUGAUUAAUGGAAGUUUAUCCUGUAGGAAAUGUGUGUCAGGUUGCAAUUUUCGCUUUGGCUGCUUCUACACCACCAUAUAAAAUCCAGAUAACAUUUGAACUGGAUUAUAUGGCAGUGUAGACUCAUAUGAUCUAGUUCAAAGUAGAUAAUGUGGGUCAUCUUCUUUAAAAAUCUGUAAAAGGCGCCUCUGCGUGCUUGACACAAUCAAGUGCAAAGUUGAGUAUCUGCAAAACUGAUAUAUGUUGUCAAAGGCUUUCAUGGCCAGGAUCACUGGAUUGCUGUGAGUUUUCCGGGCUGUACGGCCAUGUUUCUGGAACAUGGCCAUCCAGCCUGGAAAACUCACAGUAACCCAAAAUUUACAUACUUGAAAUAAAUUCUGCUCAGGGAUAGUUUGGAAUUAGCAUAUAUAGGAUUUGCUCUUGUGCCCUAUGGAAAUCAGCGGGAUGACAUUAAUUGUAAUUUCAGCAGCAUAAUCCCACGCCCCUUUUUCACUGCUUUAUACCCCAGAAUCUGAUCCCAAAUUAUCUGUUUAACCCAGAUUAUCUGGCACAGGAGACAUAACCCCCGUCUACACUGCCCUACAAUCCAAAUUAUCAAAUCAGAUGAUCCACAUUAUCUACUUCAAUUAGAUGAGUCUACACUGCCAUAUAAUCCAGUUCAAAGCACAUAAUCUGGAUUUUAUAUGGCAGUGUAGAAUAAUAAUAAUGAUAAUAAUAAUAACAACAACUUUAUUUAUGUCCCACCACCAUCUCCCAGAAGGAGCCCCCGGUGGUGCAGUGGGUUAAACCGCUGAGCUGCUAAGCUUGUUGACCGAAAGGUCACAGGUUUGAAUCCAGGGAGCGGCGUGAGCUUCUGCUGUCAGCCCCAGCUUCUUCCAACCUAGCAGUUUGAAAACAUGCGAAUGUGAGUAGAUCAAUAGGUACCACUCCGGUGGGAAGGUAACGGCGUUCCAUGCAGUCAUGCUGGCCAUAUGACUUUGGAGCUGUCUACGGACAACGGCGGCUCUUCGGCUUAGAAAUGGAGAUGAGCACCACACCCCAGAGUCGGACACAACUGGACUUUAUGUCAGAGGGAAAACCUUUACCUACCAUCUCCCAGAAAGGACUCGGGGCAGCUUACAGAGCAGCACAUAAUAGCGCCAUAAAAUACAAAUAAAUUACAAAAAGGGCCUCAUAUAAUCCGAUUCAAAGCAGAUAACUUGGGAGCAGAUCCUAGGAUAUAAAUACAGUGUAGAAGCAGCACCAGGUCCAUAAUUUAACACAUCCUAGAUUCUCACAGUGGUGUGCAGUGGAGAUGUGUCUGUGUGUCUCUGAAAAAAGACUUAUUCCUGAAAGAGAGUAAGAUUGCAAUCUUUACAAGUGGUACGUCCAAGCUAACUGCUUUGCCUCAGCCCUAAAAUAUGCAAUUCUUUAAAACAUCCAACGGCAGCAAAGUAUUCCAUCUUUCACUUCCACUGCUGUUUUAUUAAAUAUACUUCUAAAAUGAAACCAAGCAAAAUGUUCCACAUCAGCAUAGAUAAAAUCUUCCUUGGCGAGGGGCCCCCAGUCAAAGAAAUGCAGCUUCACUUCCAAAGGGUUUCGUAUUUCUUCUUGAAAUAUGAAGCAAUUCCAUUUCCCUUCCUCUUAACGUUGUGUUUUUUUGCUCUUAAAAAAUAUCUGUGAAUGUAAAAAGUUUGGCUUAUUUUUGCCCUAAAGACGAAUUGGAGAGUUGUAAUGAGUCCUGGUUUUGUUCUCCUUCCCUUCCCUUCCUCCCAAGACUGUAAUAAUUUCCCUUUUCUUCUGUUUUUUAAUGAAUGGAGAUGAAGUUUCUUUUAAAAACAAGACACUGAGCAGCUUUGGUAAGGGAGAAAGAGAAGCCAUUCGAUGGGAAUGGUGUGAGUGUACCAUUUUUGGGGAUCGAACAGAGAGCGAGAGAGAAGCUCUCCACUCAUUCUGCAGUGCAUAAGAUCUACUUGCCGAGGUCUUCAUUUGUUUGGGAGCCUUUUCAAGUGCGUGCACAACAAGGCAAGCUGAAAGUGCAGUGUGUAUAUUUUGUAAAUCUGACAUUUUUGUAAGAAAAUAUAUAUGUAUUUAUGUUUUUACUUACUUUUUGGUUUUGCUUUUGGAAGGUCUGUGUAAGACUCAUCUCUUUAUGUACAGAACACAAGAAAUAAAUGGAUUUUUAAUACAA